AUGAGCAAGAUCAGCCUGCACACCGGCCUCAGCACCGGCGGCGUCGCGGGGCUUCGAGGGUUGAACAUCUUCAUCCAGGACGUCCGAAAUUCUAAAUCGAAAGAGGCGGAGCUCGAGCGCGUGGAGAAGGAGCUCGCGAACAUCCGGAGCAAGUUCAAGAACAAAGGGCUGUCGUCGUACGAGAAGAAGAAGUACGUGUGGAAGCUCCUGUACAUCUUCAUGCUCGGGUACGAGGUCGACUUCGGGCACAUGCAAGUCAUCGGCCUCAUAAGCGCGACGAAGUUCGCGGAGAAGCAGGUUGGCUACACCGCGACGUCAGUGCUCCUGAACGAGACGCACGAGUUUUUACGACUCGUGAUCAACUCCGUGAGAGAAGACAUCAUCGGACGGCACGAGUCGCAUCAGUGCCUGGCGCUGUCGUUCGUCGCGAACGUCGGCGGCAGAGAGUUCGCGGACUCGCUCGCCGCGGACGUCCAGGUCGUGUUGACGAACAGCGCGGUCCGACCGAUCGUUCGGAAGAAAGCCGCGCUCGCGUUGCUCAGGCUGUUCAGAAGGAACCGCGAGAUCUUACUUCCGGAGACGUUCGCGCAGAAGAUGCUGAACCUGCUCGACGAGAGGGACUUGGGGAUACUCACCGGGGUGAUAUCGCUCCUGACCGGGAUCGUGAGCCACGACUACCGCGGGUACGAGGCGUGCAUCCCGAAAGUGUGCGACGUCAUGAACCGACUCGCGAGGAACAAAGACGUCCCGCUGGACUACCUGUACUACGCGCUCCCGUCGCCGUGGCUGCAAGUCAAGUGCAUGCGCGUCCUGCAGUACUACCCCACCCCGGAGGACCCGGAGUAUCGGCAGGCGGAGACGGACGUGAUUCACCAGAUUUUGACCGGGACGAACAUGGUUCGGAACGUGAACAAAAACAACGCGUUGCACUCCGUGCUCUUCGAAGCCGUAAACCUCGCCAACAUGCUCGACUUGGAAGACCGCACGUUGCUCACGGAGUCCAUAGAGACGUUAGGGUCGUUCGUGGAGAUGGAGGAGCCAAACAUCGUGUACCUCGGCCUGCAGUACCUCACGAAGAUGGUCGCCCCGGACACGUUAGAGGCGAUCAAGCAGUACGAGUCGCUCGUGGUGACGCGGCUGCAUCACGGGGACAUCUCCAUUCGCAGGCGCGCGUUGGACUUGCUCUACGCGAUGUGCGACGGGAACAACGCGAAGCAGAUCGUGGGGCACUUACUCACGUACAUGAUCACCGCGGACUUCAACAUACGCGAGGAGCUCGCGCUGAAGACGGCGAUCCUCGCGGAGCGAUACAGCGGCGGUUCGGUUCAAAACAAGCGGUGGUUCCUGGACGUCUCCCUCGCGCUCAUCGAAAAAGCCGGCGACUACGUGUCGGACGCGCACUGGCACAGGGUCGUGCAGAUCGUGACGAACGCGCCGGAGCUGCACGAGCCCGCAGCGCGCGAGUCGCUCGCGAGGCUGAGAGACGGCGCGUCGCACGACAUGUUCGUGAAGCUCGCGGCGUACCUCUUGGGCGAGUUUGGACACGCUCUCGCGGCGACGGAGCGUCCGUCGUCGUACGCGUCGAUUUUGAUGGCGAUGCACGAGCGGGUGGGGACGCACGCGCGGGAGAUCAUCCUGAGCGCGCUCGCGAAGAUGUGCAUGCACGCGGGCUCGGACGAAGCGCUAAGGAAGAUGGUCGGGGAGCUGUUCAAAGCGGACGCGAGCACGGCGGCGGUGGAGCUGCAGCAGCGCGCGGUUGAGUAUUACGUGAUGACAAACACCAAGGAUUACCACGCGACGUUGCGGAGCGUCAUGGACCAGAUGCCGGAGUUUCCGAACCGGGAGAGUAAGCUGGAGAAGAACUUGGAGGAAGCCGUCGGCGAGACCGCGGACGCGGCGGUGGUGAAGAGGGACAGAGUCGCCGCGACCGCGACCGCGGUGAUCGCCGCGAACCGAUGGCGCGCGGGGCGGGGCGGCGGCGGCGGCGGCGGCGGCGGCGGCGCGACGGCGGAUGCGAACGACGUGCCGACGAUGGGGCUCGCGGAUUUGCUCGGCGGGUCGUCCGUGCCCGACGCGCUCGGCGGGGAGCGCGGCGGCGGCGCGGCGGAACCGGCGACGGCGACCGCGGGGGCGAUGAUAGACCCGCUGGAGGCGAUGAUGGGCGCGGCGGCGAUAACGCCCGCGGCGGCGGGGGCGGGGGCGACUAUGGAUCCUCUCGAGGCCCUGAUGGGCGGCGCGCCCGCGGCCGCGCCGGCGGCGAUAACGCCGGCCGCGGGCGCGCUGAUAGAUCCGCUCGAGGCGAUGAUGGGCGGCGCGCCCGAGCGACCGGCGGCGGCGCCCGCGGCGUCGACUUACGGCGGGUUGGACGAUCUCCUCGGCGGCGGCGGCGGCGCGCCGCCGCCCGCGCCCGCGCCGACGGACGACGUCGCGGCGAUCAUGGACCCGCUCGCGGCGGCGCCGGCGCACCGCGCGCCGCCGCCCGCGCCGGAACCCCAACACGUGGCCGCUGCCGCCGCGGUCGUCGAUCCGUACGCGGCCGCGGCGCCGCCGCCGUCGGUGUCCGCGACGCCCGCGGUGGCGCCCACCGUAAACGUCGCGGAGUGCCUCAAGAAAUUGCGCGCCGCCGACAACGGGCUCCUGUACGAAGACCCGUACAUUCAGAUCGGCGUCAAGUCGCAGUGGCAAGGGAACCAAGGCAGGGUGAUGUUCUACCUCGGGAAUAAGCACGAUGCCGACUUGAACCAGCUCGAGCUGACGCUGUCGUCGACGCCUGGUCUGAACGCGCGCCUCGCGCCCGCGCCGCCGUCUCUCGGGUCGAAGAAGCAGGUCCAGGUUUUACUCGAGCUCGCCGCCGCGAGCGGGUACGCCGGGUCCCCGGUGGUGACGCUCAGAUACGACGUCGCCGGCAUCGGGUCCGUGCACCAGAACCUCACGACGCCGUACGGCGCGCACAAGUUCUUGACGCCGUGGGCGGCGCCGGACGCGGGGGCGUUUUUCGCCAAGUGGCACGAGACGACCGCCGCCGCGCAAUCCGUCGACGUCGUCACCGUCUCCGCCGAGAUUUCCUCGGGAGGGCUUCCCGCGAUCGAGCGCGCGCUGACGAGCGUGAACGCGCACGUCCUGCCCGGAUUGGACCCGAACGUGAACAAUGUCGUCGCGGCGUCGACGGUGACGUAUUCGAACGGCGCGGAGUGUUUCGCGCUCGCGAGGGUGGAGUCGGAUGCGAACAACCGCGCGGUGUUUCGCGUGACCGUCGCCGCGAGCGACCGAGGGACGAUGGAGGGGGUGCAGGCGGCGCUGUAUUCGCAGAUCUUGGCGCCGUGAGCGAAUCGAAUCGAUCGAUGGGGGAUGGACGCUUUAGAGAAUCCGGUCGGGACGCUUUUAACGAACGCGUUAACUCGACGAC